AUGCUCCCCUGGGGGCUGAGCUGUCUGUCGGUGCUGGGGGCGGCGGGCACCGCUCUCCUGUGCGCCUGCCUGCUGCUCAGCCUGGCCCAACACCUCUGGACCCUUCGCUGGACGCUGAGCCGGGACCGGGCCUCAGCCCUGCCCCUGCCCAAGGGCUCCAUGGGCUGGCCCUUCUUCGGGGAAACGCUGCACUGGUUAGUUCAGGGUUCGCGCUUCCACAGCUCCCGCCGGGAGCGCUACGGGACGGUCUUCAAGACGCACCUGCUGGGCCGGCCCGUGAUCCGCGUGAGCGGCGCCGAGAACGUGCGCACCAUCCUGCUGGGCGAGCACCGCCUGGUGCGCAGCCAGUGGCCGCAGAGCGCGCACAUCCUGCUGGGCUCGCACACGCUCCUCGGCGCCGUGGGUGAGCCGCACCGGCAGCGGCGCAAGGUCCUGGCGCGAGUGUUCAGCCGCGCGGCGCUGGAGCGCUACGUGCCGCGCCUGCAGGGGGCGCUGCGCCGCGAGGUGCGCUCUUGGUGCGCGGCCGGCGGGCCCGUGGCGGUUUACGAGGCCGCCAAGGCGCUCACCUUCCGCAUGGCCGCGCGCAUCGUCCUCGGGCUGCGGCUGGACGAGGCGCAGUGCGCGGAACUGACCCGCAUCUUCGAACGGCUCGUGGAGAACCUCUUCUCGCUGCCCCUGGACGUGCCCUUUAGCGGCCUGCGCAAGGGCAUCCGGGCACGGGACCAGCUUUAUCAACACCUGGAGGUGGCCAUUGCAGAGAAGCUUCUGGAAGACCAAGCAACAGAGCCAGGCGACGCCCUGGCCAUGAUCAUCCACAGCACCAGGGAGCUGGGUCACGAGCUCUCCAUGCAGGAGCUGAAGGAGUCUGCUGUCGAGCUCCUCUUCGCUGCCUUCUUCACCACGGCCAGUGCCAGCACGUCCCUUGUCCUGUUGCUCCUGCAGCACCCGGCAGCUGUCACCAAGAUCCGGCAGGAGCUGGCAGCGCAGGGGCUGGGGCCUGCGUGCAGCUGUGAGCCAGGGGUAACCAGGGGCAGCGGGGGGCCCCGGCCGGAUUGCAGCUGUGAGCCGGACCUCAGUCUCGCGGUGCUGGGUCGCCUGCACUAUGUGGACUGCGUGGUCAAGGAGGUGCUGCGCCUCCUGCCCCCUGUGUCUGGGGGCUACCGCACAGCGCUGCGCACCUUUGAGCUGGAUGGCUACCAGAUCCCCAAGGGCUGGAGCGUGAUGUACAGCAUCCGGGACACGCACGAGACGGCCGCGGUGUACCGCAGCCCGCCCGAGGGCUUUGACCCCGAGCGCUUCGGCGCGGCGGGAGAGGACGCGCCGGGCGCCGCCGGCCGCUUCCACUACAUCCCGUUCGGCGGCGGCGCGCGCAGCUGUCUGGGCCAGGAGCUCGCCCAAGCCGUGCUCCAGCUGCUGGCGGUGGAGCUGGUGCGCACGGCGCGCUGGGAGCUGGCCACGCCGGCCUUCCCCGCCAUGCAGACGGUGCCCAUCGUGCACCCGGUGGACGGGCUGAGGCUCCACUUCCACCCGCUGGCUCCCGGCGCGGCGCGGGACGGACCACGCCUCUGA